UAUCUGUACGUGUAGCAGGAAGUCCUUGACUACGAAUCCUAGAACAUCAAGAAAUAAUCAUCCUCCACACACGCUCGCCUAGGGCUGCCUCUUUCCCCUCUAUCUCGUGCCUGAAUAGAAGUUGGCACGUAAGAGGAGCCAGCGCACAGGACGCCAGAACCCAACCCGGAACGUUUGGUUAGACGUCCCAGCCUCCAGACUUCCGGUUCCGGUUUUGGGCUCUGCGGCUGCCUUCGCAAUGGAAGAACCAGAGAUACAGCUGAAGGGAAAGAAAGGUGUUGCGGGACCGCAGAGGGGUUGGCGGGGCCUAGAGAGGGCAGCGCGGGAAGUCACAGACAAGUUCACAGAGAGUGUCUAUGUCCUCGCCAACGAGCCAUCAGUCGCCCUGUACCGCCUACAGGAACACGUGCGCCGAUCACUGCCAGAACUGGCCCAGCACAAGGCUGAUAUGCAGAGAUGGGAAGAGCAGAGCCAGGGCGCCAUCUACACCGUGGAGUAUGCCUGCAGCGCUGUGAAGAGCUUGGUGGACAGCAGCGUGUACUUCCGCAGUGUGGAAGGCCUGCUCAAACAGGCCAUCAGUAUCCGGGACCACAUGAACACUAGCGCCCAGGGCCACAGCCAGGAGACACUAUCCCCUCCUCCUUCCCUGGCCUAACCCUCACCCUGGAAGCCUCAGGGCCGCCGGUUUCCCUGCCCAGCUCCCCAGCUCCUGUCCUGACAGAAGAGGUUCCUUGGAUGCCACAUUGAGGACUCAUCAAGACCUGAAGACCUAGCAGGGUGGCCAGUGCCUGCUCCUACUGGUUCAGUCAUAGUGUCCCCCUUGGUCAUAAAUUAGGGUCACUGUUGCAGUAGCACUCACAGGACAAUCUUUGUGCACUGAAUACACUGAAUGCCCGAAGUCGGCUCCUUC